AUGUUGGUCAUCUCAGGCGUCAGCACUAACCUGACUCCGAGCGACUUUCAUCGCUUGGCCCCCAAAUCGCUCUCUGCGUGGAACGACGGUGUCAAGAUGGUAACACUCAAACCCAAAGGCUGCUACCUCGUCACCUUUGCGAGUGCGGAGGCCGCGACGGCGUAUUCCCUCAAGCUGCAGCGCCUGCAAGCUAUAGCGCGCUGGAAGUAUGAUGUCCCGAAUGGCCUCUGGGAGGCCACGCUCCCUGCCCAUCUUCACUCACCAGAGGGGUUGCCAGCCGCGCAGGAACUGUCCGCGCUGACCAUGGUCACGCCUUCGCAGCCUAGCAUUAUGAUACAGAGGAAAAGGACCAGCAAUAAGCCAGCAGCGUGGCAGAGGUCGUUACAGCUACAACUUGAGGCGGCUGGCCACGGCACGAAGCCCCCGACCGUGAUCCUGGAGAUGAUGCCGGGAAGGAUACAUGAAGAAGCCCUCAGGGGAGAGAUUGAGGCCGAUGGUGCACAGAGAGGCGAGCCUUGGGACGUGGCGGACCCCGUCUGGCUGCCAAACACCAAAUCAUGGACCAAGGCUGAGGAUCACUGUACAUCGCGCUUCGCCCUUGUGUGUGAGACGGAGUGGGAAGCCAGACGAUUCCAGCGUCAUUGGAACGGGAGAACGCUGGCAUGUGCUAAUAAGGGAGGUCAAACGGCUACACAGCAGCGCAUGUGCCGCGUCGCGGUGCUCAAUUGGUAG